AUUUACAAAUACAUAUUAAGUAUUAGUGUUUUUUUUUAAUUUUGGUGAUAGUUCUUUUUGUUUCAGGAAUGGUAACUCUCAACCCCCUCGUCUAUUCACCCUUUCUGUUGGCCUUUCAAAUUGUCAGUGCUUCCAUAGACUGUUUCAAAUGCGUGUCACUCAACUUCGACAAUCCUGCUUGUGAUGAUCCCUUCCACAACAACUACACGAAAGACAUCCUAGAGUCCCCCUGCAUGGGCGGUCGUAAGGGGCGCAAUGGUCUAUUCCCAGCCACUGCUUGCAUCAAGCUGACAGGAGUAUACGACGACACGGGAGACCAUAUCAUGGUGCGGGGCUGUGCUCUCGACAGCGGCACUCUCACCACGGACACCGAGAUCAUCAGGAUGUCUCACUGUGGCGGCUUCUACUUCAACGAUAGGUACGUCCGUGGAUGUCUGCAGAGCUGUGAUAACGGUGAUGCUUGUAACAACGCUCCUGCAGUCCUCUCCGCACUCAGAUACACGCUCGUCCUAUCACUACUGGCGGUAUGUCCAUGGAUGUCUGCAGAGCUGUGAUGAUGGGGAUGCUUGUAACAACUCUCCUGCAGUCUUCUCCGCCCUCAGAUACACGUUCGUCCUAUCACUUCUGGCGGUGGGCCUUCUAGCCUCGUAGCAAUACUACACUAGGGUAGAGCCUCCCUUGGCAACAUUCACCACCGUCUGCCUUGCACUUUACACGUCAAGUUACCAGUGCACAUGGAUGUAAUCGUUGUCAACGCAAUGUACAAUACGCAUACAUGUUUAUAUUAUAAUUGAAUGUACCAAUACUCCAUACAACUCUUUUACAAAAACAAAUUAAACUAUGUUUUUAAGUUUAAAAAUC